CUUCUCUCCCUCCCCAACUCCGCGGCGUUGCCCCGCCUUCACUUUCACACCCUUUUUUGCCUACCUUAACGCUUCACACGUUGCUUAUCUUAUCCAAACAUGCCGCGGGGUUCCGUCGACCUUACCGAGGAGACCAUCAAGGAAUUUAGAGAAGCCUUUUCGCUUUUCGACAAGGACGGUGAUGGAAGUAUUUCUGUCGUGGAACUGGGCACAGUAAUGCGCAACAUGGGGCAAAACCCCACGGAGGGCGAACUUCAACAAAUGAUAUCAGAAGUCGAUGCCGACGGAAACGGCCUUAUCGACUUUGCAGAGUUCGUAACCCUCAUGGCUCGCAAGAUGAACAACACGGAUAAAGAUGCCGAAAUUCGAGAGGCUUUUAAUGUUUUCGACAAGGAUGGCUCGGGAAAAAUUUCCGGUGAUGAACUUCGGCAGAUCAUGAAGUCACUGGGCGAGGACUUGACAGAAGAGGAGAUUCAACAAAUGAUCCGCGAAGCUGACACAAACGGCGACGGGGAAAUCGACUAUGAGGAGUUUGUUCGCAUGCUCUCGUGAUUCAGCUUUUGAGUGAGGCUCACGAGUUACCUUUCUCCCUAUGAGCACGUCAACACUAAGGAGGGGAUUUUAAAGAGGAAACUGCGCUUCUCUGCGAUUUACUGAGAACUUUGGUUGUGGAUGGGCACGAUGCAUUGUGAUGUAAAGACUAGAAGUAUGCUCUGAUACAUGGAACAUCAUUGCCCAGCCUUACGUUUUCUCUAUUACCCCAUAUUGACAGACGAUGGAAUUGCAAUCGCUUAAAAGUUUCCCAAGUCGACUCGAUGUUCACUUGAGUAUAUCGUACUGAUGAUGAAAGCUGUCAGGCGUUGCAGGGCUAAGGAAGGAGGGAAGCGAAUAAUUGCUGUGUGAUCUUGUCUUGGUGCGUGGUGGCGUGCGGCGUCGGGCUCUCUCAACUUCUAUAUCUUGUCUGCGUAAAGGAUCUAUUACUCUCUU